AUCAAUACCAUCAUGCCUCCUUUCACUGCCACUAUGCUGAACACCACCCCCUCUCCAGAACCCGAGCCUGUGGCGCAAGGUCACCCUGAGGAUGCGCCUAUGGCUGACACUAGCGCCAAAUCCAAUACCGAUUGUCUCCUCAGCGCCUGGGCCUCUUCCUUGGUGUCAUUGGAAGCGUGUGUCAUGGUGGCGCCUGAUCUCAAGCCAGAGCUCCUCGAGGAUCAAGAGAUGUGGAUGCGCGAGUGGCAUUCUGUGCUCGCAACCUUGAACAGCUGUUCCGAGCGCGCAGGUGUACUGGGCAUGGAGUUGGAUAUGGACGAAAAGAGUGCAGAGUUCCUGAAGCAGGGGCGCAAGGGUUGUAAGGAGAUUGAGGCGCUGGUGAAGGGAUGGAAGGCGAAGGCGAUUGAGACUGUUCCAGAGGCGCCUCCCAAGCGCGCUGCGCACGCCACUGACGCUACCGAUGCUGAGGCGCGCACUGCUGAUGUGUCUGGUACAGAUGUGGCCGAACAGCGCAAGGUUGGGCGUAUGUCUGUCGUCAAAGCGCCACACUGCACCAGCUGCGCCAACAAGAAUCAGGACUGCGGAGGCGCGCCUGGCAGGUGGUGCCCUCCUUGUGAUGUUUCCAAGCGCGCGUGUUCCUUCUCUAAGCGCAAGACUUCAGAUGGACCUAAGGCGCGUCCGCGCAAGCCAAUGCCUAAGCACCCUAUGGUUGUUGAGUCUGCAAAGGAGACCGCUUCCUCUAUUGCGGUUGAAGAAGAAGAAGGGUCUGAGGGUUCUGGCAUGGAUGUGAUGAUUGUUGAUGAGCGCACUGUGCAGGAUAAGGUUGUG